AUGGCGGCUAGAGAGCUCGAGGACGAAGCCGCGGCAAACACCGCGGCUCCCGCUGCGGAGGAGGCCGAUGGUGGCGGCUUGAAGGAGCUCCUAGACGUGCCCUGGAUCACUCGCCGAACUGGCGUGGAUCUGAUCAUCAUCACCGUCCUUGGCAUUGCUUUGGGCUUGAUCUCCGUUCCAUACUGUGCUGGUGUGGAGAAGAUCCCCGAGCUGUGGCUAGAGCACUUCGGCCCUCCAGGCCUCAUUGACAACGUGCACAACCUCUCCUUUUGUGCCGGUUCCACCAACUGGAUCCUUCUUUGUUGGGGCUUUUGCACGGUCGCCGGGGCGCUGAAGGCGUCACUGGACCUUGACAAGUACCCUUCCUUCAUUGACGAGCUCAAGCACCAGCACAGCGACCCGAUAGUCUCCUUGAAGGUUGUUACCUGCUGCAUUGCAUCCCUCGCCGCCGGUGCCGUGAUGGGCUUGGAGGCCGCAAGCUGCAACGUUCGAAGUUUCUGGGCCGUGGGCGUCUUCCAUCAACUUAGACAAGCAGCCCAGGGGCCUUCACAACUGGAAUCGGCGUUUAGAAGAACUGCUAAGGAGUACGAUUGGUAA